AUGCUAAAGCAUUCCCUUCGAGCCUCCACUUUAAGGCUCUUACAUACGCGUGACUACACGCCUCUUCUUUUUGCCUCCGCCAAAGCCGGCGCGUCAGCAAGACGUUCUGCAGGGUCUUAUCUCUCAGCAUCUCCGAACCACGGCUUUGCAACUUUCUCCAACGGCAACGAUGACUAUGAGAUCGAUUUGAUUACUUUGAGAAGAAAGUCGGCUCCAGAAAACCCCCAUGUUCCACCUUUUCUCACUGUGUUGGACGAAAAUGCCCCUCUCAAUGGCAAAUACGAUCCUCACGUUGUGGAACGGGUCCUCCGCGAGAGAAACGCCAAUUCUGACGUGAAGGGCGGUUCUCCAGCGACUAUGGAGUUUGUAGCUCGAUUUCUGAGGGAGUUGGAGCUUCUUGAUGCAUUUAUUCGUCUAUCCUAUUCGAAUACAAUUCCUGAUAUCUCCAGACUCACUUCUGUGGAGGUAUCGAAUGUGCUAUACAUUUUCAGGGGGUUGUACAGAAAAGGUCAUCUUGAGCUUGCCGCUGGUGCUAACCUCAAAACUUUGGAUGAAAUGGUAGACCAUUUUUUGACAUUGCUUUCUGACGCUCCUCCGACAUCACGGAGUUUAACGUCAAGCGUGCAUUCUCUUUUGAAGAGCACUCCUAAGGACUCCUUGAAGGUGGAAUUAUUGAGCAAUGGAAUUGGUAACUUUUUGCCCGAAUUGAGUGUCUUGACUAAGGAAUAUGACUUCAAUACUCUCAAGUCCGUCCAGCCUAUCGUGGAUAAGAUCAGUGUCUUAGUCACGGAGUUUUCCAGAUUCUUAGAAGUGAACGGAGCAGCUCACAACUACGACGCUGAUUUCUUCAGAGUUUUGAUCUAUGUCUCACGCUAUAAGCAUUUGAAGCGUAUCUUACUUACGCUUUCUGAAAAGAACGUGCCUCCAAAGGCUUUAUUGGCCAUUGUGAAGAACCCUAAGAGUGCUGACGUUCAGGAAGUUGUCCGCUACGAAUCAGCUGAAGUUGAGAAGCUCAAUGAUUUGGUCAACAACUCCAGCAGGAAUAUCUUGAAUGCUGUGUUUGCAAACGUUGGUCUUCGCGAGGCUGACUAUACUUUCGCAGCCGUAUCAGCAGAGACGGAGAAGAAUGUUUAUAACGCAGAAGGGAAGCGUCUCUUGGAGAGCUUUAUUGAAACCUAUUUGCCUUUGGUUUGCGGGGGCGUUCUCUCAAUUGACGCGUUUAAGGAUCCGAAAUUCGAGCAAGCUGUUGUUACACACAAUCUGAACCCUAUCACUACCUACUUGGUGCUGGAGAACUUCUUCGAGAACUACGAGUUUUCUCUUUCGACUCUCUUGGGUAUCACUUCCAACUUCCAUAUCAUUAGGGCCGUGGCACCUCAAUUUGCUCUGUUUGCAUCUUGCUCAUUGGAACUGUUGACUGAGGCUAUCGACAAACUCGCUGAGUCAUCCAGCCCAUUGGUUUUGGAGGAUGCCGCCAAGGUUCACGAAGCAUUGGUGACUUUCUCUCGUUACGCCGUUUCUGGCUUUAGUGUGUUCGACAAGCUCUUGCAGGAACCACAAUGGAUUACUGCCUUGGAGCGCCAUACGCUUCUUACAGGUACUUCAUAUCCUGCUGCCGCUUUAAACGUUUUUGACCUCAAGGGCGAAAUUGCUAGAUUGAAGAAGGCUGUUCCACAAUGUGUUAGUGCUGAUGUCAUGCAAAUUCAAGGGAAGUGCCUUAGUGAUUUCAAGGCGGAACUCACUGCUUUCAAGAAACAAGACUUGAGAAACUUUAAGUAUGGAGACAUAAGUUUCCGUAACCUUUUGAAGUACGUGAACACUGCUAUUGCUCAUGCAACUUCACGUAACGAAAGCUCUGCUGGUUCUGCUGUGACAUUAAAGAAUGCCGGAUCUUAUGGACAAUUGAACGAACUUUUAGCAGCAAACCUCGAACCUAACAAUGGCAGAACUGUCUUCUUGGAUGAGCUUACGGAUGCCUCAGCUGCUCCAGUGAGCCCACAGACAACUCAGAAGGGCUAUCAGCAGAUUCCGGAGGAGCUCAAGAUUCACAGUUUUGUCAAUGAGCUUGAAAUUUUGAAGAAUGAUGAACUCAAGAAGCCAUUUAAGCAGUGCACCCCUGACGAAAUCGUUCGUCUCGUUGAUCGCAGGUGUACCGAAUUCUCCAAGGGCCUUGAAAAUCUGAACCCUUCCUCAAGAAUGUCAAAGGGAAACUGGGCUGUUUUCAUGAAGAUGGGUGGCCGCUUAAAGAGACUUUUUUCCAUCAAUAGCGGCAAUACUGAGAUCUUAGAUGCCGUUAUCAAUUCCCAAUCUGCAUUAGAGAAGCUUGAGGCAAAACUUGCUCAGAAGAAAGCUCAGCAACAGGAAGUCAAGCCUGUUGAAAGCUCUCUUUAUGGACCUGGCCCUUAUGUUCAGAUUCCUGAAAAGUUAGGUUUACAUGAUUUUGUUGACCAGCUUUCCUUGUUCAGGGAAGAACUUCAAAAGCCUUAUAAAGACGCCUCUGCCGAGGAAAUCAUCAACCUCAUGGAAAAGAGAACUAAAGAAGUUUACAACAACAAGGAUUCGAAUCUGGCUCUGAAGAUCAAUACCGAUAAUUUGGUAUCUUUCAUUAAGCUUCAUGCUAAGCUCAAGAAGCUUUUGGCGUGGAACGGUGGCAAUACUGCCAUCUUGGAUACUCUCAUCUAUUCGCAGAAGGUGUUUGACAACUUUGAAGCCAAUGUAAUCAAGAAGUCAAAAUCCGCUGCCAAGCCAACUACUGUCGAAGAGCAAACUCCGUAUAGACAGAUUCCUGAUGACGUCUUGUUGGAAGAGUAUGCUGAGGAACUUGAGCAGUUGAAGGCAGCUCUUGGCUCUAAUUUUGCUGAUAACACUGCUUAUCAGGUACACAAACAAUUGGACAGCAUGAUCAAUGUUGAGGAGGAUCCAGCCAGAAAGUUAACUCUUGGUAAGCUUCAGAGAAACAUUAAAAUGCUCUUGAAACAUAAUGGCAAUCUGACGUUUGCUUUGGAUACGGUUUUGAUCAGUAGCAAGGUCUUCGAAAACCUCAAGAGCAAGAUAACUAGCACAGAAGCUACAAAGAAUAAGUUUGUCAUGUCUGACUUCCUUGAAAAGGCUGACCCAAAGAAGCCAAAACAACCAUUCAAGUAUAACGAUGCCAAUGAAAUCUUGGCUCUUUUGAAUGAUAACACAACUUCUGCGGACGUUGGCUUGGAAGAUCUGAAAGUUGAAGCAUCUAUUCAAGAUGCUUUGUCGUCUGCAAUGAGUCAAGAAGAAUCCAAUUUGAAGAAAGAAAACCCUGAGGAAUAUGCUGCCAUUAACUCAUUGACAGCCCAGAAGAUAAGAGAGGCCUACAAUAAGAAGCCUCACUUCGACAAGUCAUCUAGCUCUUUGGACAAAAAAUCAUUGGAAGACUUCUUGAAGACCGCAAAACAGGCCAAAGAAUACAAAGAAGAGAAUCAAUUCCGUGCUGAAAAGGCUUACGAAUGGAGCAAGAGUAAGUGCAAGAGCAACCGUACAUUGGAGUCUAAAAACUUCUUCAACCCCAUGCAAAACACCAGGGCCGUGCCAUCCGAGUAUCUCAUUUUGACUUCAAACGGCGAUGUCAUCUAUUCGCAAGAGAACCCUCUUGGUGGUAAGCAUGUUCCCGAAGAUAUGGUUACUGUGUUGGAGAAGAUCUCACCAGAUGUCCUUAGCAAGGUUUCCAAGCGCAUCAACAAGCUUCAGAAGAAGAAUUGGAAAGUCAUCGGCGGAGGUGACAAGGACCGCUUGGUUGUUGCAAGCAGGCCAUUGACUACUAAGCGUUACAAACUCUGGAGAGUACUCCGUACGCUUUUCACCACUACAGGAAUGGUUUUCGUCGUCAUGUUGGGUCUUCAUGUAUGGUUGGACGAUGUUGAAAAAGGCAACGCUCCAGAAUUGGCUUUCCCGCCAUCCGAGAACAUCGGCGUGAUGGAAAGUAGUGAUGUCGAAGAGUUCGAAAAGAAGCACAACCAAACGAAGGAGGAGCCAGCCGGAAAAACAACUCUCUGGCAGAGAUUGUUCUGGAGCCGCUGA